GGUGCAGCCAUGUGGUCCGUGCUGGGUGGAGUCCUGCUGGCCGUCGUCGCCCUCCCCGCGCCAGGGCGCGCCCAGGACGAGCAGCGGCCCCUGCCCGACUACUUCAAGUCAUGCAUUCGCGGCCAGCCGGACUUUGACCGCUGCGUUAUGGACGCCCUCAACCAGCUCAACCACCUCUUCCCAACCGGCGUCCCGGAGUACAACGUGCCGCCAUUCGACCCCUUCUUUGCCAAGGAGAUCAUCCAGAAGCGCGGCAGCGGCUCGCUGCACUACAAGCUCACCCUCAGAGACGUGACCGAGUCCGGCUGGACCCGCUCCAAGGUCAUCAAAUUCAAGAGCGACCCGCGCAACUACCGCAUCCGCUACACCCAGUGGUGGCCGGAGAAGUACCUGGCCGGCGAGUACGAGUUCGACGGCAACAUGAUCCAGCUGCCCAUCGACAACAAGGGCCAGUUCAACCUCACCCUGUACAACUUCACGCAGACGACGACGGUGACCCGAAGACCCGUGCUGGACAACGCCGGAGUCUUCGUCCGCUGGGCCCCCAUGAAGGUCCAGAUCAACGUGCUCAACUCGGGCGAUAUGGCGCUACACAUCAGCCACCUCCUGGGCGGCCGAGUCAUCAUGGAGAACAUUUUGGACCGGAUCAUCAACGCGGCGUGGCGGCCCGGCUUCCUCGUCCUCAGGUCCACCAUCAACGACCUGGUGGGCACCGCCUUCACCAAGAUCUUCAACGACGGAUUCGUGGGCUUCGACCUCGACAGGAUUCUGCCACCCGCGGUUCAGAAUGCUGUCUAGAGACCGCCACCAGUGCCCACCCUGGUAAAACUGACACGCUUAGUGCGCGUUUACAAUGACGCUUGGAGACUUUUCGCUUCGAUUCAAGCGAAAAGAAGAAAUUCUCCCUUGCAUUUAGAUAGGCGGGAGAGGGGCGGUUCAGUGUACUACACUGGAAGCCAAGCGCAGCAACCACUACGCUUUGGAAAGGGCUAAAGUACGUGUCAGUUCUACCAGUGAGCGGCGCCCCUUUCGACUGUGAUCUACCGAACAAAAAGGCGUUGUCAUUAUUCCAUUUUACUCUGUUUCUCGUCCGAAAGUGGGACGAGAACGCCGGUGAGGUUUCAUCUUUAUCCAUUUAUGUGUUCAUUCAUGACGUGUGAGAAGGUUCUCGAAAGCCCAGACGGCUGAUUUAUUGUGUAUAAUUUGUUGUUUUCUUGUAUACUGUGUAUAUACUUCUGAAGCUCAUUGUCACCUGAUUCGAAGCUCAACUUGUGAAGACUGACGAUGAUUUGUUCGUAGAAUAUUGAUAAAACGAAUUUAGAAUGUAAGGGAACGCCUGAAAGCAAUAGACCGUUAUGUGUCGCAUGUUACACCAGGCCCCUGCGCACACGCAAAAUGCUAAUGGACAUUUGGUGCGAAAGUAUUGACGUAGUUGUGAUCAAAUUCGCUCAUAAAUUAAGUACAAUAGUAUAAAGACUUCCAAUACGUAAAAAAUAAUACUUAAAUUUUGUAUGAAAUUGUACAAAGCUAACAGAUGUUCGAAUGUGUCAAUACUUUUCAACAAUGAAAGUACGUAAACAUUAAGUGUGCAGCGCAACCCACGGGGCCUGCCUGUCAGAUGGGUUGCCUACCGUCAGGCGCCCAAUGCGCUAUGCCACGCGCUCUGCCCAAGGGGAAAUUAAUAACUCCAUCCAAAUUUGAACACCAAAAUUCAUCAAACUUGUAAAAUUAAAAUUCAUCGAAUUUUGACUGAAAUUCAUCAAAUUUCGACUAAAAUUCAUCAAAUUUCGACUGAAAUUCAUCAAAUGUCGACUGAAAUUCACCAAAU